CCACUGCUCAUUUCGCUUCGGUGUGAAAUAUAAACGGACCGACAUUUUUCUCAUCUAACAUAUCAUGGCUUGUCUUUCCUAUCCUGCUCACGAUGCUUGCGACCUCAUCAUGAUCAAGAGCGGAGGCAACUCGGCAAUGGUGAUCCAUGUCAAGCGGAACCUCUUCUCGUUCUGGAUCGCUGCGGUUCUCUUCUUCGCCUCUGUAGUUGAUGGCCAAUUUGGUUUUGAACCUGAACCAAGCAGCCCUUCCCCGGCAGGAGAACCGCCUCCAUAUCUGCCUACUCUGCCGCCUGAUUCCCCGCCUGCCCCUCCGGAUUCGCUUGCUUCACCGCCUUCCCCUCCGGAAUCGGCUGCUCCACCGCCUGCCCCGCAGAGCAGUCCUUCACCUGGAAAUUAUGGAUCACGCAGAUCUCCGCCUCCUCCCCCACCUGAUAAUCCAGUCCCAACAACAACAGACUCAAAAGGUGAAGGUGACGGUGAAGGAAAGACGCCAAUCGGCACCAUAGUAGGGGCCGUCGUGGCCGUCGUGGUCGCCGUCCCAGUGAUUGGAUUAAUCGGAGUCGCCAUCUGGCGAAAGUACAAGCAGAAGCCAGCAAAAGGAUAUGCUAAUCAACCAGGAACGGCCAUGCGUCACUCGGUGAAAGCUCAAGCAGGUCCGGCAAAUGCGGGCAAUGGAACCGCCGGAAAACAAUCAACUUCUGCAGAUGAAGAAUCAACAUGCCAUGCAGCUAGCGAAGUGUCAGGUCCAGGAACAACCAAGAGAACAAAGCCGGCGCCUGCAACUGUUAACUUUACUUACAACGUGAACAAUACUGAAAACAGCGGAACGGGGGUCAGUCGUUCGCUGGAAGCUCAAUCAGCAUGGGCAGAGACAGGCAAUGGAACCGCCGCCCAAGGAACAACUUCUGCAGCUAAAAAAUCAGUAAGGUCUGCAGCAAGCGAAGUGCUGUUGGCGGCGGCUCCACGUCAAUUUGCCUACAACGAGAUCCUGAGCAUUACCGGAAACUUCGGUCGGGUCAUCGGCAAAGGAGGGUCUUCCACCGUCUAUUACGGCGAGCUACCUGAAAAUGGUCUUAAGGUCGCUGUCAAGAAACUAAGAGAGUCCGGCUCACAAUUUUCCAGCCUCCUCAAAGAGUUAGAGAUUAUGGUGAAAAUCCAUCACAAGAACUUGGUCUCGUUAGUCGGCUUAUGCAAAGAACGACAUGAACUAAUACUUGUGUACGAUUACAUGGCGAAUGGAAGUCUCCUUGGGAAAUUGGAAGCUAGGGCCAGCGAGUUGACAUGGAGAAAACGACUGGAGAUAGCACUAGACGCUGCAACAGGGUUGGAAUAUCUGCAUACGGGAUGCAGUCCAGCAAUCAUUCACAGAGAUAUCAAACCCGCAAAUAUUCUAUUGGAUGAAAAACUGCAAGCCAAAUUAGCAGAUUUUGGGUUGUCCAAAGCUGGAGCUGUAGAUGGAACAGAGCAUACAGCUUAUCAAACCAAAGUUGCUGGCACAAAGGGAUACAUUGAUCCUGAGUAUUUGCAGACACAGUCUCUCACUAAAAAAAGUGAUGUGUACAGUUUCGGCGUAGUUCUUUUUGAGCUCAUAACAGGGAAGCCUGCCAUGAUGAACACUGAAACGAAAGGAAUGCAACCCCUCGCUGAAUGGAUCGUGCCUAUGCUUAGGAGGGAGAACAUAGAGAAUCUACUUGAUCCAUUGUUGAAGGGCCGGCGUAACCUCCAAUCUGCCUGGAAGGUAGCAGAGAUUGCAAGGGCUGCCACACAACGUCCAGCUGGAAGACCGGAUAUGCCCAUGAUUGUAAGUACGCUGAAAUCAGCCUUAAGGAUGGAAACUUCGCAGGCUGACGAGAUCUCCAUAUCUGAAUCUAUGCCCAGCCAAUAUUCUUUUGAUGAUACCCCUCGAAUCUAAAUGGAGAGAUGGUUCAUGCUUUUUCUUCUGCUGCAAUCAAUUCCCCACUCUGCAUUUUAGUUUCAUCAUAUUUCGAACUUCAGGGCUUUCGACCUCAUUGAAAAAGGCCAUCUCAUUUAUGUUAUAUCACCGGUUAGAACAACUAUUCUCUUCAACAAUCCUGUGUGCUACAUUAUUUGGCAUGAAAACAAUGUGGGUGUGAUGUUUUAGUUAAUAACAAUUUGGGAUUUGAUUAGACGUUUA